AUGGCCCGGCGUCCACGACUGGCGGCACAAGCUGCUACUGCUUCCAUGCGGACCCCAAUUCCAAACAUCUCCGAUAAUGAAGACGAUGAAAUGCCCGAUGCCACUCCCGCAGAAGAAGCUACUCCGCAGGAAGACGAGGAGGACGGAACAAAUGAGGAAGAAGAAGAAGAAGAUAUCAACGAUGCAGAUGAGCCCCCCACUCCUUCGAGAGGUUCCGAGCCACCAUCUCGUUCUGCCACUCCCCGACGCCCCGGGCGACAGACAUCCCUCCUUCCACGGCGGCGAAGACUGGGGCGACCUCCGAAACGCAGCAUAGCUAUAGCCUCGGAAGACGAAAACAACGAUGCGGUUUCUGAGGUUACCACUCCAAAGCGACGGGGCGGAUUCCGUGGUCACCGAGGGGGAAGAUGGGCGAAAUAUAGAGGAGGGGCUUCAAGGGCUGCGCAUGCUCCUGUCGACGUUGACGGAAAUCCAUUGGAGAUUGUCAAUGAUGAAGUCGAACUACCCGAGGAUCCCGAAGGAGAAAAGAAAGUCGACAAAAACGGCCACCUUUUGGGUGGACGCGAGUAUCGAGUACGAACGUUCACUAUCCUUGGGCGAGGUGAGCGACUCUACAUGCUCUCGACCGAACCAGCCCGUUGCAUUGGUUUCCGCGAUUCGUACCUCUUCUUUCAGAAGCACCGAAAUCUCUACAAGAUCAUCAUUGAUGAUGACGAAAAGCGGGAUCUCAUUGAGCGAGAUUUGAUCCCUCAUUCCUACAAAGGUCGGGCGAUCGGCGUGGUGACUGCACGGUCCGUCUUUCGAGAAUUCGGGGCGAGAAUUGUCAUCGGUGGGAAAAAGGUUGUCGACGACUACGAAACACGAAAGGUACGAGAGCGGGGAGACGUUGAGGGCGAGCUGGCUGUUCCGGAGGAUCGUCUCCCUCCUCCUGGAGAGCCUUACAAUCGCAACCAGUACGUCGCGUGGCACGGCGCCAGUGCAGUCUACCACACCAAUGCACCCAGUAUACCCCUUCCCAAUGCCAAAGCACAAGAAGCGAAGAGACGGAAGAUUGUCGUGACGAGUGACAAUUGGAUGUUGGAGCAUGCAAGAGAAGCCAGUCGGUUUAACUCCAUGUUGACAGCUGCCCGCCUGGAGAAUCUCCACGGCGUCUACGAUAUUCAUACAAAUGUCAUGCACUGGCCGGCCCACAUGCAGCCGACGCAUGCCCGGUGGGAAGUUGUCGACGAUGAAGACGACGCCGACGGGCUAGAACAGAAGACCAGACUUCCUCACCUGGAUCCAGUUUAUGGCAGAAAUUUCCGAAUUCACGACCUUUGCCUCGAAUCGGCCCCUGAGUCAUGGCUAGGCAAGACGGGGCCCAAUGAAGAAGACACUGGACUCUCAUCCAUUCCGUCGACGAUUCUGGAAGAACUUCCCGUGGAGUGUCUUCGAUCAUUUGAAGAAGCCAAAGCACGAGAAGCCCUAUGGCGUGGAAAAUGGCAUACCGAGCAGGUGGAUGGGCUUCGAGCGCAGUUUCUGCCAUCAGUUGAAUGGUAUCCGAAAUGA